GCCGACAGCGAAGCGCAGCAGUCUGUCAGACGGUCUCGGCAUGUGAUGACUCAAGUUGUCGGAUGGUGGUGACACUGGGGUGACAGAGGGAGAUGUGAAGAUGGAGAAGGCUGAGGCCCCUGCUGGUGAUAAGAAGAAGGAGUGCAUUGCGAACAUAAAGAAGAUUCUCGCUGGCGAUGCCCAGACUGAUUUGAACCUCGAGUUUCUCUAUCGUAACUCUGCGACGGACUUGCUGCUACUGGACGCGAUCAAGGCGAACCAGCCUGAUGAGAGGAACUCGAUUACCCACAACGGCAUCGUCCUCUGCCAUGCCCUCAUGCAAUGCGGCACCACCAGCGACACUUUCCUCCGUGCCAACCUCGAGUGGCUUGGCAAGGCAGUCUACUGGGCUAAGUUCACAGCUACUGGUAGUCUUGGAGUCAUUCAUAAGGGACAUCUCCGCGAAUCCCGCUCGAUCCUUUCGACCUACCUCCCUGCUGCUACUGGUGCCGGCUCGGGAGGUGAGGGUGCUGCUGCCGGUGCUGGUGCAGGAGGAGGAGCGCAGAGCCCUAGCCCAUACAGUGAGGGUGGUGGACUGUACGCCCUUGGGUUGAUCCAUGCCAAUCAUCAUACGGAGGAGAUAGUCAGCUACCUCAGGGAAAUGUUGCAACAGUUUUCGGGCAGCGAGGUGCACCAAGUGGGGGCUUGCCUUGGCCUGGGACUAACUUCAAUGGGGAGUGCCGACCCUGUAGUUUACGAGGAUCUCAAGAAUACGCUAUUCCAAGAUAGUGCAGUGUCGGGAGAGGCCGCUGGAUACGGCAUGGGGUUGGUCAUGACGGGCUCGGGUGAUGAGACGGCAGUGAAUGACUUGUUGAGCUAUGCUAAGGACACGAGUCAUGAGAAGAUUAUCCGAGCGUGUGGUAUGGCAUUGGCGUUAAUACAGUUCCGUCGUGAGCAGGAGGCAGAGCCCGUCAUCGAGCAGAUGGCCAACGAUCAAGAUGCUAUACUCCGCUACUGCGCUAUGUUCAUGACUGGCUUGGCUUACUGUGGUACAUCCCGAUCGGCGGCAAUACGUCGGCUCCUGCACUUCUCGGUAUCGGAUGUCUCGGAUGACGUCCGUCGAGCCGCUGUUAUAUCCCUCGGUUUCGUCCUAUGUAACAGUCCGCAGAGGCUACCUGCUGUACUGCGCCUGCUCAGUGAGAGCUAUAAUCCCCACGUCCGGUAUGCUGUGUGUCUGGCAAUCGGCUUUGCGUGCGCCGGACAGGCCGAUUCCAAUCCUGAUGCUGUUAAACUGUUGGAGCCUCUUCUGAAGGACCGUACGGACUUUGUUCGUCAAGGGGCUGUAAUUGGCAUGGGCUUCCUGUGUAUGCAAACUAGUGCGGCUCAAGCCAACGGUGUGGCGACGAGAUUUAGAGCUGAGCUUAUGAAGAUAGCAACUGAUAGACAUCAGGACGUAUCUGUGAGAUUUGGAGCCAUCGUGGCAUUCGGUAUCAUGGAUUGUGGUGGCCGUAACGAGACGGCAUCCUUCUUCAGCAAAGCGGGGACUCUGAGGAUGGGUGCUGCUGUUGGUUUCGCAUUAUUCGCCCAGAUGUGGUACUGGUAUCCUCUCAUCCUAUGUCUAAGUCUGAGCUUCUCCCCAACGGCUCUUAUUGGUCUCAAUGAGGACAUGAAGAUGCCUAAGAUGUUUGCAGUGCAGAGCCUCGCUAAGCCAUCGCACUUCGCGUACCCCUCGCCAACUCAGCCUACGGCCAAGGUUGAUACUAAAAAGUCAACGGUGUCAGUGAAGUUAUCUACUGCUCAUAAGGCUGGCAAGAAGCCGACUACGGCCACUAGGGCGGGCAAGGCUAAACAAGCGACCUCGGUGGUGGCCAAGCCGACGUCGGAGAACUCUGGUGUAGCUGGUGAGGGGCUUAAUACGGCGUCUGAGGAGUCCGGGGCGGUCCCUAUGGAUGUCGAUAAGAAGACUGAAGAGGCUAGCAAGGCUGAGACUAGUGAGACUACUGAGCAGACACUGUAUAACCCCUCUAGAGUGGUGCCAGCGCAAGAGUCGAGCAUUCGAUUCUAUCAAGCAGGAGAGAUGAUGCCACCUAGAGGUGCUAGGAAGGAGCAACAGAAGGUUCGUUAUUUGCCUGUGUUAUCGGAUGGCAGUCGCACGUCUGGUUUCCUUAUGCUUGACGACAUAUUCCCUGAAGAGGCUGAGGAGAUACUCACCUUUGCGGACCAGACGGCUGCUCCAGUGGACAAGAAGGAAGGAGACUCCAAUGAAGGGGGAGGUGCGAAACCGAAGACUGCUGACACACCUGAAGACGGCGGAUCCAAGCCUUCCGGAGAGGCGCAGCCUCCGGCGAGUUUCGACCUCCCAGACACUUUCUAAUACUACUUAUGAUAAUGAACAGUGUUGCUGUGAUGAGAGUGAACUUC